ACAGUGCAGGAUACCUCAAGGGUCUCUAGAGUGAAGCUGGACAUUAGUCACGGUGACAAUCAUUACUGCAAAUAUUGAUCAUGAGGACGAUUGUGAUCGCUCUGCUUCUGACACUCUCAUUUACUCCUUCAGAAUCCAGAACUCGCUUCUCACGUUAUCGUUCAUGGAAUUCACACUUGUAUCCGGUCUGGAGAGAUGGAGAUCCAAGAUACAGAGAUUGUUGGACAGGUGGGGAAGUGACAUUUAAGGUGAGAAGCGAUUCUCCCACAUUGACAGGAGCGAAAACUACAUUCAACAUUGAUGUUCAGUUCCCUCAAAAUCAGACGGUACUCCCUGAUGGACAAGUGGUGUGGGCUAGAAACUGUACUAUUAAUGGAGCAGCAUAUACUGUGGGUCAGGAUGUAUACCCUGAGCCCAACGUCCCUCAAGAAUGGACGGGUGUCUUUCCUGAUGGAACACCCUUCACAAAGAUUUCUAACCAAAAGCCCAGAUUCAUUUACGUGUGGAAGACAUGGGGUAAAUAUUGGCAGGUAGCUGAUGGUCCUUCCUCUCUACUGACCAUUGACACAAACAGAGAGCCUGUUGGCUCUUAUACUAUGGAGUUAGUCAUUUAUCAUUGUCGGGGAAAAGACAAGUUCAUUCCUCUUGGUUAUGCAUCUGUCCAGUUCUCCAUUACUGAUCAGAUACCAUUUGCAGUGACAUUGUCCCAGGUUGGUGAUAUCACACAAGGUGACCAAAGCUUUAUCCAGAAUACGGCUUUGUCAUUUAGCAUCAACGUGCAUGACCCCAGCCAUUACCUCAGUGGGUCAGACAUCACCUUCAACUGGGACUUCGGGGACAGUAGCGGUACUCUCAUAUCCCAGGAUGCUAUAGUCGCCCACACAUACCUUACAUCUGGAUCCUUCAGGCCACAGGUGCUUCUUAUGGCAGCCAUCUUAUCUAACUGUUCACCCAACCCAACCUCAGCAGCCAUCACUGUUACACCUGCUCCAGACACAGGGGUUCCGCCAGCCUCGUCCAUUUUGCCGUAUGAAGCUGAGGCUGUGUCUGUUGAAUCUGUCGUCAUGGCAGAACAAGCAGCUGAUGUAGCCACUGUAGCUGCUAAUGAGCUGGCAGUGGCACCUGGCACAGAAGCAGAAGUGAAUGCUGUUGGUGCUCAGGAGGAGGUGCCAACAGUUGCUGUAGUCGUAGCUGAAGCUGCUGCUACGAUCAUCACAGCUGAACCUGUGACAGAAUUCAGUGUUUCUGAGGCUUCCACCUCAGUUCCAGCUGCCGAGGGAGAUGAGGUUAUAAUCAAUCUGAGUGCCACUCUUCUCCCAGAAUCCCCUGCUGCUGCUGCUGCUAAUGCCGCUGUGAUGGAAACAGUGACACCUGUGAAUGUUUUCAGCACUGAUGCUGUAGCGUCAGUAAUUCCUGCUGCAGAGGACACAGAGAUAGUCAACGAAGCUACAGCUGAAACCAAUGAAGCAACUGAAGCCCCUGCCAGUAGUGUAUCUGAAGCCACUGUAAGUGAGACAGCAGAAGAUCAGGAGACAGUCACUGAUGCCACACAGGCCACGCUAGUCAUUGCAAAGCGUCAAGCACCAGAAAUGCCAGCAGACACAUGUUUGAUUUAUCGCUACGGCUCCUUCUCCACAACUAUUGAUGUUGUCCAGGGAAUAGAGAGCGUUGAGAUUGUGGAGGUGAAUAAUUUGGUCACCACCGAGUUGGAGCAGAAUGCUGUGGAUCUCACAGUCAGAUGUCAAGGAAGUCUACCUAAUCAAUUGUGCACUGUGGUGUCUGACGCCGACUGCAUCAGCCCUGUACAGACUCUGUGUAGUGCUGUGACUCCAACACCUGAGUGUCAGAUGGUGUUACGGCAGUUUUUUAAUGACUCUGGCACCUUCUGUAUUAAUGUAUCUCUGACCAAUGAUGUCAGCUUGGCUGUAACUAGUGCAAAGGUCAGCGUAACUGUAGACACAACCUCAUCAAGGCGGACUGCUGGAGCGGCACUGGGGCUUCUGCUUUUUAUUUGUGCUGUGGGGGCCAUUGCUUUCACAUACAAGCGGUUAGUGAGAGCAGAUUACAGGAACAGCAACAGCAACAAGAGCUCAGUGUCUUUAAUGCUGUGGAAUCUUGUGAGCAGACCGUCCGCCGGAGAGAACCGUCCACUGCUUCAUGGACGAGUGGUGUAAGAAUAAAAUAUGAGACCAUGACAAAACUCUCACAUACUGUAUAACAUUCUUCAUAUUAUUUAAAAGGAGUAUUAUUUGUGAAACAUUUAUUUUUGUCUUGGACUUAGAAACCACCCCUAGUGUAUAUGUUGUGUAUUUUUGUUGUCAUAUAAACAGUGGCUGCUUUCAUGAGUUGUAGUAUUCUGCAUAUAACUGUUUAAUAAUACUGAAUUGUAUUACAAUUUUACUGUAUGGCUUUGUGGGUUUGCAUGAUGGAAGUGUCUAAGCAACACAUUUUACCAAAAUGAAAAUUAAUAAAAUCCAAACUCCUUCUAUUUACUUAAUGCACGUCCCUGAUCUUAUUU